AUGUCGAGCACGCUGUAUCUCGAGAGCCCCAAGGGGAGCCAAUUCCGACUCCUCAAGCUCAUGCCUGGCCAGUGGGAUGAUGACCUCGUCGCCACUCUCUACAUGGCCUCCGAGCACCAUCGCUUCACUGCACUGUCUUACACGUGGGGAACGAGCAGGCGAUCACAAAACAUCAUGGUCAAUAACGAAAUUCAGUACAUCACCUUUAAUCUUGACCACGCCCUCCGCACAUUACGAUCACAGAUUGGCAGCGUCGUCAUCUGGGUCGACUCUCUCUGCAUCGAUCAGACCAAUGUUGAAGAGAAGACGCAUCAGGUCACUUUAAUGCACGACCUGUUCUACUGGGCGGAAGAUGUGCAUGCCUAUUUGGGCGACUCUUUGGAUCGCAGCCACCCACGGUACAACCAGCAUUUCAAGCAGCUGGGAGCACAUUCGCAUGUGCAUCUCAACGGUGACGCAGGCGACGAUGAGAUGAUUCAACAGGUCCUGUUCAAAGAUUGGCCAGCUGCAACGAAAUUAAGUUCCAUGACAGGUCAUCGACUCAACCUAUAUGCAUUCUGCCUUCUCGCAGCUCUUUCGCAAGCAUCUUGGCUGCAGCGCAUCAUCGACACUCAGAUAUUGCAUAGCAAGUCUGAGACGUCCAACACGAGUAGACCUCUGGAAAACGCAAAAUUGAAAGCCCUAUUCGAACACUUGCGUGCUUUCGCAAUAUCGCCGUGGUGGGACCGCAUGUGGAUUGUGCAAGAAGCUGGGGUUGCGCGAGUACUUCGUUUGACAUAUGGAAAGAUCACAAUACCUUUCAAGGCCCUCGAACAGGCUAGGUCUCGUCUCGAGAAGAUAGCGCUUCCUUCACACUCGCGCCAAGAGAACAUGAAGGUCAUGUCCUUGCUCGCCACAAAGAUCAACACCCUCAGCAAGCUUCGAGACAUCCGCUUAACCCGCAUUGAAAAUCUAGUCCACGGCACGAUGCGCUCGCCACUCCAGGGACGGUACGACUAUCUUGCUCUUUCCAUGGGAAGUGCUCUACUUUGGCUUUUGAGAAUGUUCCGCAACAGGCGAUCAUCGGAGCCAAGAGACAAAGUCAUCGCGCUGCUGCAGCUGCGUCAAGACCUGGGAAGCUUUCUCAAUGACAGCAUCAGCCCAGACUACGCAUGCACUAUCCACCACUUAUUUACUCAUGUUGCCUUCACAAUCAUGAAAACGACUGGUAUCUUUUGGGUUACCACAGGCGACCUUCUGUCAAAGUCCCGACACGAUAUUCCUUCGUGGGUUCCGGAUUGGUCCAACGACACGACAGCCUAUGACCCUCACCACUUGAGUUGGAAACUGCCGAUACUUUUCCGCGCUGGUGAGGCAGCCUACCUGACCGACGAGAAAAACAAGACCACAACUCAAGAGCACUGUCGUCUUCUGUUGCAGAAUACUCGAUAUGCCCCCGUCCUGAGCAAGCCCUGGCGCUUGGCUGUGGCCUGGCUUCGUUUCGAAGUUGCAGCGCCAGCGGAGCGGCCUCCUUGA